CAGAGAAGUUUAAAAAGCGCAGUCUGGUCCUUUAAAGCCUCUCUGAGGCUCCGUGCGGUUUCACGUUUUCAUCACUGAUCCCAGUCCUGGUUCAGGUGUGGGUGCGGGUCUGGUUUCUCCUCCGGCAGGGGCGGAGACAGUUCGGUGGGGCGGUGUGAUGAAGAGGAGGAGCAGCUGGUCUCGGUUCAGUCUGUCGCAACGUUUUCUUCUCUUUGUUUCUCAAGUAAAGUUCUGAUGGGCCAGCCGGGACCGCGCCGAGCCGGAUUAAAGUGGCAUUAAAGGCUGGGAGCAGCGGGACCCGCAGCGGGUCAGGGGGGACUGGACUCGGCUUCAGGUCUUCAGGUCUGAUCGGGUCCGGACCAUGGGUCGGUGGGACUGACGGACUUCUGAGGAAACUUUUUUUGUGGCGUUUCCAUGGAGAUGGGAGUCUUCCCUUCCAGCUGAGGAAGCUGAUUAGACUCCGAUAAAGUAUCGAUACUCUGUAUUGAUCGCGUAUUGAUCGGAGGGAUGGCCGCGCUCCCGCUACUGUUGCUGCUCGUGCUUUGGACCUGCGGACACGCCAAAGGCGCGUUCCCGCUGCGACAGUCCUACAACCUGUACACCAAUGGACACGCGCACGGAGCCCGCGCUGCCAGCAGGCACAGGAACUGGUGUGCGUUUGUGGUCACAAAGACGGUGAGUUGUGUGGUUGAGGAUGGAGUUGAAACCUACGUGAAGCCUGAUUAUCAUCCCUGCAGCUGGGGGAGUGGACAGUGCAGCCGGGUGGUGGUUUAUCGGACCUACAUGAGGCCGCGCUACAAAGUCGCCUACAAAAUGGUGACAGAGAUGGACUGGAAGUGUUGCCAUGGUUACAGUGGAGCAGACUGCAACAUUGGUCCAGUUGGUGGAGGAGGGACUCAGAUAUCCACCACCAGACCUCAGCCCGGACAGGGAGGGGGGACGACCAGUGGACAAGGUGGAGGAGGGCAUAGUUAUGGGGGAGGCAGUUCUGGAUCUGGACAGUCUGGAGGAAACGCGGACAACGAGAAGAUGAGACAGCUGGAGGAGAAGAUCCGCAGUCUUACAAAAAAUCUCCAGGACCUUCAGUCCACCAUGAGCACCAUGAAUGAGCGCUUACAGGAGGAGGGCGGCAGGAAUGGACUUGGUGGAGGAAGCUCAGGAGGGAGAAACCCUGCGGAUGCCGCUCAGCCCGAGAUUAAAGAGACGAUUCACAGCAUUCAGACCAAACUGGACCAGCUGGACAACCGCACACAGGCUCACGAUAAAACCCUGGUCAGCAUCAACAACCAUCUGGUGAACGGGAAAGGUAAUGAGUUGGGGGGAGGUGUGUCUGGAGGAUCGUUAAGUGAAGGACGGCUGAACUCAAUGAAGGAGGAGAUCCUGAGCGAGUUGGAGAGGAGAGUGUCGCUGUCCUGCUCCUCCUGCCAGGCGGGUGUGGAGGAUCUGCGCAAACAGCAGCAGCAGGACCGUGAGAGGAUUCGAGCUCUGGAGAAGCAGAUGAACGCCAUGGACGUCCAGUAUCGGCAGAGCCUGGACGGGCUGCGGCGGGACGUAGUGCGUUCACAGGGAUGUUGCGACAUCAUCAGUGACCUCCAAGAUCGCGUAACUGAUGCUGAACGCAAGAUCAGCACGGCCUCUGAGAACUUUGAUAUUCUGCAGAACCGCCUGGACAGGGAGCUCAGCGGACAAGGUGGCACCAGUAGCAGCGAAAACACUGGGUCCAGAGGACAAGGGUUACCUGUUGGUGGUGAAACUGGCGGGCAUGGUAGGGAUGCCAUGAUAACAGAGGAACACCUGAACAACCGAUUGAAGGAUCUGGAGCGACGGGUCAACAGCACUAUGCAGAAAACCGAAGAGAGCUGCUCAUACUUGGAGAACGACGUGAAAGACUACUUCCACAGAGAACUGGACGAGCUGAGGUCCGUGUUUCUGGAGCGGUUUGAUGACCAGGCCGACAGGAUCACAGACGUGGAGCUGGACGUGGAACAGGUCAAGGACAGCAUAAGUGAUCAUGACAAGCGGCUGUCGAAACUAGAAAACACCACCUCUCAAAUGAACUGGAGGCUGGAGAAGUGUGGCUGUGUAGCGUCUGAACAAGGAGGAGGAGGAGAAGGAAGAGGGAGAGGUGACGGGGGAUAUGGAGGUGGAAGUUGGGGAGCAGAAGGGGGUGGAUCAACAGGAGAAGGAAAAGAGGGGGGUAACAGAGGGGAUGGAGGUGGGACGUGGGGAGCCGGAGGAGGAGGAAGUACAGGGGGAGGAGGACGCUGGGGAGGUACCGGGGGAGGAUUACCGGGAACGGGAGGAGAAAGAGACAAUUCAACCAAGAAGUCUCUGGAGUGGAGAGUGGUGGCUAACGAGGAUCAGAUUCGACAUUUCAACACUCAACUCAAAGACCUGUCGAUGUCCGGAGACUCUCUGUAUGACAAGGUUUUGGACCUGACCGAUGACGUCGGUAAAAUCAAAGCCCUGACCGGUGAUCACGGAGAACACUUUAACCGAAUCGUGACAGUGGUGGAGAUGCUGGGCGAGGACUGCGAGCUGUGCGGGAAGGUGGAGGAAGAGCUGCAGAAGAUGAAGAAUUAUUCCCAGAAUGCGCUAUCCAAUAUUCAGAACCACAUCAACAGAAUCCAGAACAGACUGGAUUCAGAGGGAGACAGCUGCUUCCAGAUGUGCUCAGUCCUGCAGAGUGAAGUCAGUGUUCUGAGGGAUGAUGUCAGGAGGUGCACCAACCAAUGCAAGAGCAACCCGGACAUGACCACAGGUGUUGAUCAUGCUAGACCUGGUGGCACAGAUGACAACAGUGGACCGCUGGAUCCUGCGAAGCCUUUAGAUGGCCAUAGCGUGAAUGAAGGUAUCAACAAUAACCACCUGAAAACGCUGCAGGGCGAACUGUCCAAUGUCAUCCUCACCUUCAGCUCCAUCAACGACACCCUGAAGGGUCUGGAGCACACGGUGCAGAAACACGACAGCGUCAUCACGGACCUCGGAAAUACUAAGGAUAAGAUCAUCUCUGAGAUAGACAAAGUCCAGCAGGAGCUGACAGAGCACAUCGAAGACAACCGGAAUCGUCUGGAUAAGAUGGACAGGGACAUUCGGCGAUUUGAGAGUACAGUGCUUGAGAUGGGAGACUGUAAGAGGUCUGGAGACGGGCUUGAGAAGAGGCUGUCGAAGCUGGAGGGAGUUUGCGGACGACUGGAUGGGGUCUCUGACUCCAUCCUCAAAAUCAAGGAAGGACUGAACAAACACGUUUCGAGUUUGUGGACGUGUGUUUCUGGUCUGAAUGACACCGUUAUCCGUCAUGGAGGUCUGCUGGACUUUAUCCAGAACGGCCAGGACGACAUCCACAGCAGAGUGAAGAACCUGAACUCGAGCUUGAACCAGGUCUCCCGAGACCUGCAGGGUUUGUCAGAGCAUGACCUGACGGGCCCGGCACUGCUCAGCAGAGGCCCACCAGGCCCACCAGGACCUCAAGGACACCCAGGAGAACGAGGCUUCAAUGGGCUGCCUGGCCUCCCAGGGCCCCCUGGAUUUCCAGGACCACAAGGAGAAAUUGGCCCACCCGGUCCCAAAGGGGAAACAGGCCUUCCUGGCGCUGAUGCUCAAAUCCCCAAAUUGUCGUUCUCUGCUGCUUUAACUGCCCCCAUGGACAGAGCAGGAACCAUCGUCUUUGACAAGGUCUUUGUCAACGAAGGAAAUUUCUACAACCCGAGAACAGGUAUCUUCACUGCACCUGUAGAUGGAAAUUACUACUUCAGCGCCGUCCUGACAGGUCACAGGAACGAAAAGAUCGAGGCAGUCCUGUCAAAGUCGAACUACGGCAUGGCCCGCGUGGACUCUGGAGGCUAUCAGCCUGAGGGCCUGGAGAACAACCCCGUGGCCGAGGCUAAAGUUAACCCGGGCUCUCUGGCCGUCUUCAGCAUCAUUCUGCCUCUGCAGACUCAGGACACGGUGUGCAUCGACCUGGUGAUGGGCAAACUGGCUCACUCUGUGGAGCCGCUCACCAUCUUCAACGGCAUGCUGCUGUAUGAAGACAAGUGAGCAUUUAUAUCGAUUUAUGGUGAAGGCCUGAGGACCUGAACAGCGCUGUUUAAGAUUCAUGACAAACCCACAGGAGACGGGUCCAUAAAGUAUGAUGUCACUUCCUAAUUUGGGAGUGAUCGAGAACUGAUGACAGAGUGUUUUUCGAUGAAGCUUCCUGGUUGAUUUCAGCAUCAGUAUAACGUGUUUUUAACAGAUCACACAGACUUCACAGAAAACUUUUUCUUCAGAGGAGGCUUUGCGUCACCUCUCAUGUGGAUGCCAGAGUGGAUUUACUAUAAACCCAGUCAGCUGAUCUGAUGUAGUCACAUGGUCUGACCUCAGAGCAGCACUGUGAGAACUGACGUCCCUGUAAACCAGGAUAAGCUGAUGCCUGCCAGACCUGCUUCCUCCUACUAGAAAGCCUCUGGAAACACACCGACGCAUGUGGUGAAGAGUUCCAGAUUUAACUGUGUAACGUGCUGUUAGUGCCCUCUAUAGGCCGCAGAGCUCAUUACAGCAAUAAUGUGAACAAGCAUUCUGAUGAUUUAUAGAUGAUUGGCUGCCACAUAAAGUUUUUACUGAGGGCGGUGCUACAGAAAGUUUGUGAAGUCACAAAAAUGCUAUUAAAGAUAUCAGUUAACGAUCAUUAGAGCGGUAGAUGUUGAGAUAAAGUGGAUGUUUAUCAAAUGUAAGCCCCCUUCUGGGCAAAUGAGCAUGACUUUAAAUGUUAAUGCACUGUUACUCGUACCCACCACUCAGUCCACUCCCCCUGUGAAGCGCUUCCUGCCACAACCGCUCCGUCUUGUCCAGAUGUUGCUCUGCAGGCAUUAGAUGCUGACAGAUGUAAUCAGGUGGUGGGUCAGGUUUUCCACGAGGAUGAUGUUUAGUGCUGAAUAGUGAUUUAUGAGCCUUCACUCCUGCCCCCUGAUGGGGGUUUCCGUCGUCUUUUCUGUUGAGCAGAUGUGCUGUUGAUUCUUUUUCUUGAUCUUCAUCAUUUUUAAGUGGAAAUUGAAAAAUGUCAUCCCCCAGAAAAUGAAAGGAUACGUGCUGUUACCUUAAGAGGGGCGAAAACAGAAAGUGGAAAAUAGAAAUUUUUCUAGCACGCUCUUUGAAAUAUAUUUUUCAUUGCUGCAACCAGGUAGAUUUAGUGCUUAAAAGGAACAAAACAAAGACUGAAAAUAAGCCUCUUAACAUGCAAAAUUCUUAAUUACAGAGAAACAAACUGCUCAGACUUUUCCGUACAGCUGUGCCUGUGACUGGUGAAUCUUUGGAUAUCUGUUAUUACUGAUGGUGGGAUAUAUCCCAUCGCCACCCCAAUGCCCUACCCUCACAGGUCAGUGGUCGUCAUGGCAACAUGAGACGUUGUGACUUUACAUACGAUGAAAGAAAACCAAAGAAAGCUUUUUUGCUCUGAUGCUUUCUAACAGCAGAAUGUUUAUCUAUUUUCAAUCUGUGUGGAUUUUCUUUUUAAACUGAGAUGAGUUCACAUUGUGAAUGUUUUUAUAUUAAACAGCACUUUUUCUUGUUUUUAUUGUAAUUUUUAUGUUCUAACAAAUAUUUAUCACAGAAUUUCACAUUUAUGGACAAACGUUAAAGGAUGGAAAUACUCCGUAUUUUCUUACUGUCAAGAAAUACCAUAAAAGCACAGUGGUGGAAGAAAUAUUUUGAUCCUUUACUAAGUAAUAAUACCACAUUGUACUGUACUUAAGUAAAGAGAGUAACACCACUUGUAAAAAUAAAGAAUUACUAUUAACGAG